AUGCUCGGGUCCCUCAAACGCGCCCUGAGAAAACCACACGCAAACGUGUACGGUCUGGAUCAUGCCGUCCUCAACAUACAGCUCCCACCGCAGAGUAUGUGGAUGAACAUGGGGUACUGGGAGUACACAGAUGAUUUUCCCGAAGCCUGCCAAGCGCUCCUAGACCAGGUUCUCACGGCUGCGCUAUCAACGGAGAAGGCGUCUGCAGUGAGAAUCCUAGAUGUCGGGUGUGGGUGUGGUGAUCAGUCGUUAUACCUGACGAAGGUUUUAAAUGGCCAUUCUUCUACAUCCCUUUCCGGUUCUGAAGGGACUGGGAUCGGAACCACAACAACAACAAGCCCUGUCUCUAUCUCCACUAGUGCGUCUGAUAUUCAACCAUCAGAGUGGGGCCUGCGGUCUCGUCAUAGCAAGACCAAACUGCAAUCCUCCUCUCUGCUACACCUGGAUUCCUAUAUUGGAAUCACGCUGGAGCCAGCACAGGCCGCGCUCGGCUCACGCCGCAUGAAUCAUAUGCGGCGAGAGAGCGAGGACCCUAUCCAGGCAGAUAUCUUCUGCGCGGACGCUGCAGUCCCCAGCUCUUGGACUGGGGAGUUGAAAAAAUCAAUCACGGCCCUUGCAGUUGCGUCAACUAAACAAAAUGAGAAUGAAGACACGUCUACAUGGCUCCUGGCCUUGGACACGAUAUAUCACUUCCGCCCCUCCCGCUUACCUCUCCUAACCUAUGCACACAACACCCUCAAUGCCUCAUUCAUGGCCUUCGACUUGAUAUUAUCUGAUAGUAUAACUUGGUACGAAAAGAUUCUCCUCCGACUCGUGUGCUGGGGCACGAACUCGCCAUUCGGAAAUUUUGUUUCCGAGAAGGAAUAUGUGGAGCUACUCAUUUCAGCUGGGUAUAAUCCUGCUUUUAUUGAGAUCAGAGAUGUCUCGCGGCACGUUUUUGGUGGGUUGGCAGAUUUCAUUGAGCGCAGGGUGGAAGAGGCGAGGCCAUUUGGGAUUAAAAUGGGGAAAUUUCGCGCGGCGAGGCUUGUGUUUGGGUGGUGGGCUAAGGGGAGGGUUGUUAGGGGCGUUGUUGUUGUUGCGAGGAAGGCGUGA